GGAAGGAGUGAAGUGAUAGAGGCAGUUCUACUUCAGUUGAAUGAUUUGUCUCCAUCAGGAUCAAAUUCAGAAUGAAUAUCCACCGUGUUCUGUUCUUCUGCUUCUUCUCAGCACUGUGUGGUGGAAACACUGGGCUCGUCAGCGCAAAAGUCAACAUUUAUACAGGAGCUGAGGGAGAAACUGGUACAAUUAAUUGCAACGUGUCUCUGUCUGGAAGCAGGAAGUUCUUCUGUAAGAACGAAUGUAAAGCAGAAGAUAUUCUGGUUAAAACAGAUGAUGUCAGAGCUCAGAGUGGCAGAUACAGCAUUGAAUACAGAGAUGGAUCUUCUGGAAGAGGAAUUGUGUCUGUGACCAUCACAAAUCUGACCAAGUCUGACUCAGGACGGUACAGGUGUGGUCUGGGCGGGACUUCGGUUCCAGAAUCAUUCAGUGACUUUGAGGUCAGAGUUUCAGAUGCAACUGGAAUCUCUGGUUUUCUCCAUACAUAUACUGAAGGAGAAAACGUCACACUGGGAUGCAGCGAUACUGUCUAUGGAAGGCAGAAGUUCUUCUGUAAAGGUGAAUGUAAAAAAGAAGAGGACAUUAUCAUUGACACAGAUGGGAACAGAGCUCAGAGUGGCAGAUACAGCAUAAAGUAUGAAGCAGGAUCUGUAUUUGGACUGUAUGUGAGCAUGUCAGGUGACCAAGUCAGACACAGGACAGUACAGGUGUGGUUACGGCAGAGCUCUGUCUCCAGAUUCAUACCGCAAGCUUCAGAUCAUGGUCAUAGAUGAUUUGCAUUGAUGAUAAUGGUAUGGACGGACCUUCAUCGCCAGAUCCCUACCGGGAGUUUGAGAUCUUUGUCUCAGAUGUUCCAACCACUUUAAAACCAACAUCGACUCUACCGGUCUUUUUAACAUCAGACCCAUCAGUCUCUACACCAACACAGAUUUCUCAGACUGACCAGCAGCAGACUGGGACAGCAUCACCUCGAGGUUGGAUCUCCUUCACCACUGUGCUGCUGUAUGUUUUCUCUAUUCCUUUCAUCAUCGUCUUCCUCUCAGGGCUGACACUGAUGAUAAUCUGUAUUCAGAGGAACACCAAACCUAAAGGUUUGCAGACCAGAGGAAAUUCAGAUGGCACAAACAUGGAGGUGACUUUCUUUAACUCUUUGAUUACUCUCACUGUUGGAUAAGAUGUACCAAUGUAGGUGACAACCAUUAAAGAUGCCAAUCCUCAGGAUUGGAAUCAGGGUGAUAUUUUAACAUGCUGAUCCUUUCUUUACUGAACUCUGCUGUGUUUACUCACGUUGUUGAGUUGCAGCGCAGCUCUCCUUCACGCCUACAGUGCAGCUGUGGUGUAUAACAUAUGCUUUUGACAUUACAGUUUAACAUAAUGCUCUGCAGCUGGUGAGAGGAACAGUGAACCCUUAUGGGGGAAGU